AUGGUCAAAAUUAUUGAAAUUCCAGAGGAGAGAAAAAGCAUUAAAGUAAUUGCUACUAAGUAUGUACAUGGAGAUUUUUACAUCAUAACUUGUGAUCAAAUCAUGUUAUUUGUUGAUAAUGAAUAUGAAUUGUUAGCUAUGGUAUUGAAUUUAUAUCAUAUGUGGACUUACGUUAUACUUGUUCCUAUUGAUGUUUCAAGAGUUACUGUUUACAAGAAACAAGGUGUUGAGUCUUAA